AGACGAGGAGGACGCUCGGAGGAGCAGGAAUAGAGGGCAAAAUGUACAACAGACUUUACGCGUCUGGGAAGAAAGGUCCCGUGGCCAGACGGCAAGAGGACACGCGUAGGAAAAACAUUGUCGUUUGCCUUUAUCCAUGACGUGCAGGGGGUGCAGCUGUAAUUGCAAUUGGGAAAUGGAAACCCCAGCAAAAUAUGGAAUUCGGGACGGAGAAGCUGCGGAGGGCAUGGGCCACCACGGAAUCCAACCCCCAUGACAUGGAGGCAUGGAGCUUGAUCAUACGUGAUGCCCAGAAUCGAGCCAUAGACAGUGCUAGACCCAUCUUUGAACGCUUAGUGACGACUUUCCCCACCACGGGAAAGUUCUGGAAGAUGUACAUAGAGCAAGAGAUGAGGUCUUAUAAUUUUGAAAAAGUGGAAAAGUUGUUCCAGAGAUGUUUAACAAAAGUUCUCAACAUAGACCUUUGGCGACUAUAUGUGACAUAUGUGAAGGAGACAAAGUCCAGCUUACCCACAUACAGAGAAAAGUUGUCUCAGGCAUAUGAGUUCGCCACUGAUAAGAUUGGAAUGGACUACAAUUCCUAUACUCUGUGGAACGACUAUGCAAAUCUGCUGAAGAAUGUUGAGGUUGUGGGUUCUUAUGCAGAAAACCAGAAGAUUAUGGCAGUCAGAAAGGUGUACCAAAGAGGCAUUGUGACCCCAAUGGCCAACAUCGAGCAGCUAUGGAAAGAUUACCUGGACUUCGAGAAGAACAUUAAUCCCAUUAUUGCCGAGAAGAUGAACAUCGAGCGAGGCCGUGACUACAUGAAUGCAAGAAGAGUCGGAAAGGAGUUGGAAACCGAGACGAGAGGUCUGAACCGUCAUCUACCAAGUGUGCCCCCCUCAGGCCUACCCGAAGAAACAAAGCAGGUUGAAAUCUGGAAGCGAUAUAUUAGAUGGGAGAAGGACAACCCCUUGAGAACAGAUGACCAGACGCUGGUUACCAAACGUGUGAGAUUUGCGUAUGAGCAGUGCCUCCUCUGCCUGUCCUAUCAUCCGGAUAUUUGGUAUGAAGCGGCACUCUUCCUGCAAGAAUCCUCCAAGCUCCUAUCAGAAAAAGGGGAUGUGAACGCCAGCAAAAUCUUCAGCGAGGAAGCAGCUCAAAUCUACGAACGUGCUAUCUCUGGUCCUUUGAGAAGGAACCAGCUCCUGUACUUUGCCUAUGCGGAUUUUGAGGAGUCCCGCUUGAGAUAUCAGGAAGUGCAUAAGAUUUAUCAGCGGUACAUAGAAAUGGAGGAUAUUGAUCCAACCCUGGCCUACCUUCAGUAUAUGAAAUUUGCUCGACGGGCAGAAGGGAUAAAAUCCACAAGAGAGGUCUUCAAGAAAGCACGAGAGGAUAUUCGGACAAAGUUCCACAUCUACGUUGGUGCUGCUCUCAUGGAAUACUACUGCACAAAGAAUAAAGACAUUGCUUUUAGGAUAUUUGAACUGGGACUCAAGAAGUGCCCGGAUAAUGCAGAUUACAUCAUGGCCUAUGUUGACUAUUUAUCCCAUCUGAAUGACGAUAACAACACGAGAGUCUUGUUUGAAAGAGUGCUAACCUCAGGACAGCUGAAAAAUGAGGACACUGUUGGGCUGUGGAACCGUUUCCUGGAAUUUGAGUGCAAUGUUGGUGAUCUUGCGUCCAUUGUCAAGGUCGAGAAGAGAAGAGCUCAUGUUUUGCAGAAGCUGCAAGAAUUUGAGGGCAAAGACACAGCACAGCUUGUUGACCGGUAUAAGUUCAUGGAUCUCUACCCGUGCACACCUCCCGAACUGAAAGCCAUUGGUUACCGCGACAUAUCAACCCACAACAUGAUCAUCAACCCAAAUGUUCCCAGAGGAUUGUCAAUUCACGACUCUCAGGAGCCGACCUAUGCACGACCCGACUUCUCUCAGAUGAUCCCCUUCAAACCCAAGGCCAAAUAUAUCCCUGGAGAACACCCAGUCAAAGGUGGUGCUUUCCCUCCACCUCCUGCUGUUGCCAAUCUGCUGUCCAUGCUGCCGCCUCCCCAUUGCUUCCGAGGUCCCUUUGUCAAGCUUGAUGCAUUGGUUGACCUCUUCAUGAGACUGAAUCUUCCUGAACAAGGGGGUCAAUGGUCAACUACUGGAAGCCAUGAUGUCAGACUGUUUGAACUUUCCAAAUCCGUACACUGGGUGGUGGACCCCAGCGGCGACCGGAAGAGAAAGCUGGUUCCUGGUGACGAUUCAGACGAUGAAGAUGGGAACAAACCCGUUUUAACAAGUGAUAUUUACAGAGCCAGACAACAGAAAAGAAUGAAAGAUCAGUCAUGACUGGGAAACAUAUCCAUCUCAGCUUCAACAAAGGAACACAAAGAAAACCAACUGAAAAUCAGUAAAUGUGAUUUUAAAAUCAUUGAAUCAUGACAUAGCUAUUUUUUUGUUGUAUGGAACCUCUAUAGCUUGUAUUUUAAUGCCACAAAUGAUUGUUAAAGGAAAUCAACAAUGCUUUUAUUUUACAAUUCUAUUGAUUCUUAGAAUGUUUAUAAUGUGUCCAUUGUAUAUUAUAUAAAUUAAGACCAUGACUGGUGUUGGUAAAAGGCAUACCUCGAGUGGUUGUAUAUUCUUGGUAUUUUGCAUAAAUUCCAACAUAAACCUAGUAUGUAUAAUAAACAGAAUGAGGAAAUAAGGACUGUUCAGAAGUACUUUUGAUCAUUACACUGUAUAUGUCAGAUUUUUAAAAUGUUAUUUUUAGAAAUAAAUCUGGUUUUAUUCAUAAUGUUUCACUUAACAACAAUGAAAACUAAGAGGGUUGUUCAUUCAUAGAAAGAAAGAAGUGGUUGAUCAAGAAUUUAGAAUUAUAUUUUAUACAUAGAACUCGGAAAUUACUUUAUAAAAUGCUCAAGUAAUUGCAUGCUAUGAUGUACAUCGAAGAUGAGAAGGCAUUAUGACAAUUGCAAUAACUGUUAAUCUGGCAUAUAUAGAUGAUAUCGGACAGGAAGAAAGUAGAUAUAUCAUAGAUUGCCUUUGCAAAUGGUGCAAUAAUAAUGUAUAAUUCAUGAGUGUCCACAAGAAUCCAUACAUAGGAAACUGGUGUGUUUAAUCAGUAAUUGCUAUAAUUCAGCAAUGAAAAACAACCAAAUGACGAUGUGCGAGAUACAGGUUGAGGUACAAUGAAGUUUUGACAGAGCAUCUGUUACCUUUUGCUAAAGAGUAGAAUGAACAACUUGUUUUCUAUAUAGUUGUUAUUUUUUUAUUAUUAUUAUAGUAUCAUAGUGAGUUCUCAGUAGUUAUUUAUAAUUUUGAAUGCAAUUACAUACUGCAUUGCAGAAAUGUGUUGCUACUGCGGUAAAAACACUGAUGGUUGUACUUUGCAAAUGUAAAAUGAGGAGCUAACACUGUAAAGCUUUUUAUUUCUUAUAUUUUAAUUUGAUCAGACACUUAAUCCAUAAUCUAACAUUCUGACAAUUUGUGAGCUUCCUCACAUACAAAGCGACUUCCUCACGUACACUUGGAAAGCAGCAAGUCCAGGUAGAGUUUUAGUAUUUGCUGGAUACCUACUAAGUUUUCAUUAUUUGCCACAGGAUUUCAUGAGGUGUUUGCUGAAGGACGACAUGAAGCGUCAGUAAUUGCUUCAAGACUUCAUACAUUAUUGUAUAACUCAAAUGCAAGUAUCUGUUGAGUAACUUGGCAAGAUGAUAUUUUGAAAAAUUCUAGUAGUAGAUGGAUUUGAUAUUCAGAUUAUUACUAUUCUUUUGAACAAUAUGACUUGUCAGUACAUAUUUUGAACUUUUAUGUACAAAGAAAUCUACACAUUUUACCUGAAGUAAAAUAAUAAAGUUGACUGUUUUUA